AUGCCAAAGACUCCACCCUUGAUGCUGCCCCCUUUUAUUGAUCAAUCAAAACAAUCCUUUUUCACCAACAACAAUGAACAACGCGACGAGAACGAGGGGUUGAUUGAAUGGGAUUCCUUCGAACGCUUGGAGCGAGAAUAUGAACAAACUUACCUGGAAGACAAUACGAAAACCGAGGUAGACAGCGAUUACUAUGAUGAAUUGCCAAAGCACCACUACAUCUAUAGGCAAGAUCCUAUUGAACAACGUGGAGGAGGAGGAGGAGAGGAUUAUCGAAUCGAUCAAGAUAAUGAUCAUGCGAGCCCAAAAGACCAAGAACCCCAAGGGAUCUAUGGGCACAAUGACACGCGUUCACCCAAUCAAAGCGAGCAGGAUGGUCAAGAGCCUGAGCCAGCAAUGCCGGUUUCGCAUGGAUUGAUGACAUUGCAUGAACGAAUGAAACUCCAUCUGGACGGGAUCGCGAGUCUAAUGGAAAAGGCUUUCGAGCAAAUACACCAAACGCAAGAAGGACACGAAGAGCUGGCUGAAGUGGUACGAGCGCACAGACUUGCAUUGGCAGAACGCGGGGCUAUUCUCAAUCAGCAAUGUGAGCAGGUGCGUGCACACGUUGACAGCAUUGAAAGCUCAUUGCAAGGUUACAAACGUACAUCAUCAUCACCCUAUCCAUCUCCUAUCUUAUCCAGAAAGAAUGAACACCACCUAUAA